AUGAAUUCUGAAGAAUCCGGUAAAUACGAUGAUCAAUUGCCCGGAGGAAGAAAACCUAAUGAUGAUCAAUCUCCUAGUGCCAACCCAGACUUAGCAUAUUGGUAUCGACAUCUUCCUAAUCCACCGACACCUGCUGACGGCCAACCAAUUCCUUUUGACUCGGAUGAUAAAGACGACUAUGAUGAUGAUGAUGAUGAGAUGCAUCGUGAUUUUCCGCUGCCUCCUCUACCGUCAUGUGUAUCCACUGAUGAUUUUGUAAAGAUGCACCCUUUCUAUUGUGCCCGCACGCUGGAGGAGGGAGAGGAAGUUGAAGUCAUGAAUGCUGAAUCCAUUCGGGAAGAUCAAAUGCGAGCCGUCUUGAAACGUGUGUGGACCGAUUGCCCCGAUGAACCCUAUGAAGACGAGGGGGCACCGGCUUUUGCUUUUCAUUAUGGUGGAAAGGAAACGAGUGUUGGUUCUCCCUCUGGGUCAUCUUCCUUACUGCCUAACAUGAUUGAUCUCAAUUCUUACACUAUUGCCACCAUUUUUGUGAAGCUUGAGGAGAGUAAAAAUUUGCUCCAAGCUCUGAAGAACAGGGUAUUUAGUGUAUAUCUAUAUUGGCAAUUUCCUUUGGCUUUAAGGUCAAUUGUACAUGUUGCAUAUAGGGCUAGGAAAGGUCAGGUUGAUCAAGGGUGGGGUCUUCCUGCUACUAAAGGUGAAGAUUUCGUGAGUGGUAAGGUCUUGGGGUGGACGACUCUCUAUGAUGACGAGGAUGUGAAGAGAUCUGUGCAGCGCUAUGGCCUCGAACGGUAUGGGGGUUUUGAUGAGGAGAUGAUAUUUUAG